CUCAUGCAGAGCGGGUCAGCCCGUAGGUGAUUCUGUGUGACAUCUGAACUCUGCUCUUUCCAUGUCUCCAGGAGGAGUAUGGAGCUCCCCUGUGGGGCUGUUGGGCUGCAGGUUCUGCUAUUCCUUGUGUCCCGGGGCACUGAGGGGGAGAACUUCACGCUGCUCAUCUCGAUGCCCAACACCUCCGUCCCCUUCAGCGCUGGGCGGAUUGGCGCCGGGGCCCUGAUUGCCAUCGACAAGGUCAACCUGAGCCCAGAGCUGCUGCAAGGUCAUCGCCUUAACUACAUAUAUGUGGACGAUGACUGCGAUGCAGUGAUGGGGCCCGGGAGGAUCGUGACCCUCCAGCGUGAGAACCACUUCAGCGCCUUCAUAGGACCGUCCUGCUCCAAGGUGUGCUCCUUAACCGCCAGGCUGGCCGCUUACUGGAACAUCGCCGUGGUCAGUCCGAUCUGCGCAGAUCAGGAGUUCCUGGACAAGAAGGACUUCCGCACGCUCACCAGAGUGUUCGGCCCUUUCACCAAGAUGGGCUCCUUCUUCGUUCGCAUCUGCGAGCACUUUGGGUGGAAGCGCAUCGGGAUCAUCUACGACCGCCACGUUUCCUGGAACAUACCUGCCGAAGGCAUCAGAUUUGCGGCGGAAAAUAAUUCCAUCACCGUGGCGAAAUACGUCGAGUUCCAGGACUCCAGUGACCAGGACGACUCCUCCUUCACGCAGACCCUGUGGCUGGUGACUGCCGUGUCUCGCAUUAUUGUGAUCUCAGCCCGGGGAGAGGCGGUUCGGAGGUUCCUCAUCGCAGCCCACAGGCAGGGCUGGACCAAUGGCGACUUUGUCUUUUUCUCCUUCGAACCCUACAAGCAGAAGGAGAUGUUUGGCGACUUCACCUGGAAGAAAGGGGACGACGCCGAUGCCGCUGCCAGAGAGGCCUUCCAGGCCCUCUUCCUGCUGUCGCUCUACAAGCCCAGUGAUGAGAGCUACUUGAACUUCUCGGCGGAUGUUGUCCGGCGGUCGAGAGAAGACUUCGGCUACAGCUACGCCCCCAACGAAGAGGUGUCCAUCCUCGCUGCCAUGGCCCAUGAUUCCGUGUGGCUGUACGCUCAGGCGCUGGACGAAAUCCUCUCUGAGAACGGGAACCCGUAUGACGGCUUCGCCAUCACUCGCAAAAUGUGGAACAGAACAAUCCGAGGUAUUCAAGGUAAUGUGUCCAUAGAUGACAACGGAGACAGAGAGCUGGCCUACACGAUGUACCACAUCCAGAACGACGGGGUGUUUAAUGUGAUUGCAAAUUACUUUGGGACGAGUAGGAUCUACGAACAGGUGCCAGGGGUGCAGGUGCGAUGGCCUGGGGGACGGUCCACCCCCCCGAAGGACACACCAGACUGUGGAUUCAAAGGGGAGCUCUGCUCCCACAGCGAGAAGAGCCUGAAUGCAUCGUUGGCAUUGAUCGUCUGCCUGCUGGCUGCAGGGACGCUGGCCAUAGCUGUGCUCCACAGGAAGUACAAGCUCCAGAAGAGGGCCUCGAUGAUGCUGUGGAAGGUCAACCCCAAUGACGUGGCUGGGGAAGAACAGCGGACGUCGUCCUCAGAGCCUCGAACACCGUUCUGGAACCUUCCUAUGUCUGACCUGAGUAGCGGCUCCUCUGAACGAGAAGUGACCCCUAGUGAAGCGGAAGGUCGGCUGAUGUCAAGCGGGACGGUUCUGUAUAAGGACGUGAUGUGUUCGAUCCGCUUCCUCCGCGUGAGAAGUGUCAGUCUGACCGGUGAACUUCUUACUGAGUUGCAGCAGUGCAGAGACCUGAACCAUCCUAACAUCUGUGGAUUUGUUGGUGCUUCGCUGGAACCGCCCCAUCUGUUCCUGCUGAUGGAGUACUGUUCCAAGGGGAGCCUACAGGGGUGUGGUUUCUUUAAUUUACUUUGGUUUCGUUUUGUUUGCUCGUACAAGUGCCCUGAGACAGUGGGGUGGUUUGUGCUACAGGACAUUUUGAGGAAUGAUUCCAUCAAACUCGACUGGACCUUCAAGUAUUCUCUAAUGCUGGACAUUGUGAAGGGGAUGGACUACCUGCACUGCAGCUCUCUGCGAUCACAUGGGCAUCUAUCCUCCUCCAACUGCGUGGUGGACAGCCGCUUUGUCCUGAAGGUCACUGACUUUGGGCUCAGCCAGUUGCGAUGGCCAGCGGGGGUUCCAAGCCCACAGGACCACUGGCAGCGCCUGCUGUGGAGAGCCCCAGAGUUGCUGAGGACCACCAUGCCACCCAACGGCACCCAGAAAGGUGAUGUCUACAGUUUUGGCAUCAUUGUCCAGGAGGUCAUCUACCGCCGUGAAGUCUUUUACAUCCCCAACUGCACUCUGAAGGCCAAAGACAUUGUCGAGCGGGUGAGGGCUGGUGGCUGCAGCCCCCUCCGACCGCACGCCGACCGCGCUGACUGCCCCGAGGCUGUGGAGAGCUUGAUGAGGAGCUGCUGGUGGGAGAAGCCUGCUGAGAGGCCCGACUUCUCCACCCUGAGGACGCUGGUGAGGAGGCUCUCCCCCAGUGGGGGCAGUGACAACAUCCUGGACAACCUGCUGUCACGCAUGGAACAAUACGCUAGCAACCUGGAAGAGGUGGUAGAUCGGCGUACCGCCCAGUUCCUGGAGGAGAAGAAGAAAGCGGAGAGCCUUCUCACGCAGAUGUUGCCACGCUCUGUUGCCAUCCAGCUGAUAGCUGGGAAGAUGGUGGAGGCAGAAACCUAUGAUUGCGUUACCAUCUAUCUGAGCGACAUCGAGGGGUUCACGGCCAUGGCUUCCACCAUCACUCCCAUGCAGGUUGUGGAUCUGCUGAACGACUUGUAUACCAGCUUUGACAAAAUCAUCGACAAUCACGAUGUUUACAAGGUGGAGACCAUCGGUGAUGCCUACAUGGUGGUGUCGGGUCUGCCUAUCCGAAACGGUGACGACCAUGCCAGAGAGAUCGCCCGAAUGUCUCUGGCUGUCCUCCGGGCCAUGGAGCGGUUCGAGAACAAGCAUGUGCCCAACCAGAAGCUUAAGGUCCGGAUUGGGCUACACUCAGGACCAUGUGUGGCUGGCGUCGUUGGACUGAAAAUGCCCCGUUACUGUCUAUUUGGUGACACGGUGAACACGGCUUCGCGGAUGGAGUCUUACGGCUUGCCGCUCCGAAUCCACGUCAGCAACUCUACCAAGGCCCUCCUUGAUAAAUUCAGAUCAUUCCAGCUGGAGCUGCGGGGAAACAUUCACAUGAAGGGCAAGGGUCCCAUGACGACAUACUGGCUUCUGGGAGAGAAACCGUGAAAUUUGGGGUAGGGGGAGGGAAUCAUGUCUCAUAUUAAAAAAAUCACAGUCAGUUUACACAAUCUGUUAUGCAACUUUCUUUUUAGUGUUUCAUUUUGCGUGCAGCAUCGUGAUGGCGAAUUUAAAUCGUCGCAUUAUCUGGCGGGUUGUGAUUUAUUAAAUUAGUCCUUCAAUGAAUCUUAUUUGAUGUACAUAAAGGAAACAAUCGCUCAGAGUAUAUUAUUACUAUUAUUAUUUCCAUUGUCCUUUUUAUUUUUAUUAUUUGCCAACACCUUUCCCCAAGGCACUUUUUUCACAUUUUCCGUGUAAUGGUAGUGAAGAAUAUUAUGAAACACAUGUAAAAGAGCAGCUAUUUCUAUUAAAACCUGGGAAUAACGGGGGAUUUUGCUUUACUGCUUUGAAAUGAGGA